UAUAAAUAUAUCCUUUAACAUACACACACAAGAAAAAGAGAAAGAAAUUUUUGGCCAUAAUCGAUUCUAUUAUAUAUACAUGAUGAUGGAUUUCAUAAAAUUCGUGGAAAUUUGAACAGUCAAGUCAAAAAAAAAGUGUAAACAAGGAGUCGUAGACAAGAAAAAAUACAAAACAACUGAUUACGUACGAACGUGAAUCAUUAAUUCGGCAUGACCGAUAGUAAUUCAUUAUUUGACUUUUAUGAUUGCAAUUCAUCCAAUAGUUUUUUAAAGUUUGAAGCUUCUUCAUCAUCACCACUUUUUGAGUUAUCUCCGCCGUCGUCGAACGGCUUAUGUUCACCACCCUUAUCAUCAUCUAAUAAUCAGUUAGCUAGCAAUCCAAAUUCAAUAGUUAGUGACAAGAUGGACUCAUCAAUGAAUAACCCUUUGUUGACAACAGCUUCUAUGCCAAUACCUACACGUAAUGUCACAUCGAUGUCAAAUUUAAAUAAUAAUAACAAUAAUCGAAUGAUGAAUGAUUUUUCUGAUGUGAUUUUUGAGUUUGAGAAUUCAAAGUCACCGAUAAGUGCCGUCAAUGAGAAUUCCAAGCAGCAACAAAUUCCUAUGAUAAUAAAUUACACUGAUCAUAAUGUAUUCACAGGACAACAAAAUGGUUCAUUUCAUGGUAAUAGUACAUUAAUGUGGGAAGUAAAUCCAAUGAUGAAUACAGCUAUGGAUCAAUCAAAUAGUACCACAGACAUACAUGAUAAGUCAGGACCGUUUCAAAUGGAUGAAGAUGAUAUAUUUCAAGUUGAUAAGUCAGACUUAAUACAAGGUCCAACACUCGCUGAAUUAAAUGGUGAUAAUUUAUUUGUGGACCUUAUCAACAUAGAGGAUAUAUUGACCGAUGCGAAUCAAUAUCAGCAACAGAACAUCAAUCAAAAUUCGCAAUUAACACAACUAACAGCAGUCAACUUUCAAAGUCUUCAAAAUGCCAUUAAUGAAUCAUCCUUACAAAAUGAGCAGCUGUCACCAAAUCAAUAUAAUACAAUAGCUAUUCCACAAACACCACACAAUACACCGAUUCCAUCUUUUCAAAGUGGCGGACAAAUUAUAUAUUAUGAUGAGGCAGCAACUAAUAAUUCUCAAUAUGACGUUUAUUCACCACCUAAUACGCUUUCAAUUUCAACAUUGCGUAAUGUUGCUAGCACACCAAAUCAAUUGUCUGCAUUUUCACCUGGAAGCCAUAGCUCGACAUCUACGUCGUCAAUCGUUUUAAACUCAUCAUUAAGUCCACCACCUUCCAAUACAACACCAAUUAGAGGCCCACGCAUACCGAGAAGUGGACGUUCUACUGGUCUCGUACAACACAAUCCGAAAUACUCGACACUUAAAUCUUUAUUAACUGAAAAGGCAAAUUUGUCAAACAUACAGAAUGCAUCAUCACCAAGUCAACUUAUUACACAAACUACAGCUUUAUCGCCAUCUGGCUUACCAACACGUCGAUUAAACAUGCAAGGUGGUGGAAUUGUCUCAUCACGUCUCUCCUCAUCAGCACCAACUAAUUUCUCAUUGGAACAAAUGUGGACACGUCGAGAACCACGUCCACAUCUUCUAUCAACUGGAAGCUUAGCUGAAGGACAACAAGGAUCAACAUCGUCAUUAAGUGGUGAAAUUUUAAGUCCAGAAAAUAUUGACUAUUUUCAAGAUGAUAACUUCUCGGACGAUGAUAGCGACCAUUAUGAAGAUUUUAGUUCAGAUUCAGACGAUGACGAUAAUAAAGAUUUUCAGAGUUUAUUAGGCAACGAUAGUAACAACAAUUCAAAAGGUAUUUCGAAGAAGAGUCGCUACUUCUGGCAAUAUAAUGUACAAGCAAAGGGGCCCAAAGGACAACGAUUAGUAAUUAAAACACAGGCUGAGGAUCCACAUCACUUAAAUGAGGCAACUGAUCCCGUCUUCUCACCAAGCUGUUCCAUUCGUGGCAUAAAAUCUGUUCAAAUAAAGCAUAGUGGAAAGGCUCGUAAAGGAGAUGGCAAUGAUCUUACACCGAACUCAAAGAAGCUGAAUGCAAUCGGAAAGGAAUUAGACAAGCUGGGACGCGUCAUCAAUGAUAUGACUCCGGUCAGUGAAUUGCCUUUUAAUGUUCGACCAAAGACACGCAAGGAGAAGAAUAAGUUAGCAUCUCGUGCCUGUCGAUUGAAGAAAAAGGCUCAACAUGAGGCAAACAAAAUUAAACUCUUUGGACUAGAACAUGAACACAAACGCUUAUUGUCAGGAAUAGCUCAAAUGAAGCAGUUGUUGGCUUUGAAAUGUAGUAACACUCAAGACAAGCAGGAAGAAAUCAAUCAGAAAAUGGAUGAGGUUUAUUCAAAAGCAACUGUUAUUAAAAUAGCUGAAAACUCCACUGAAUAUGUUAAUCGAGUCUUAGAAAGGAUUAAAAAUGGAGUUCCUGGCGGAGGAUUGGAGGAAUUUUAAAAGUAAAAACCAAAAAAAAAAAACAAAUUUAAAAUUUUGAAAAAAAAACACUGUUUUUGAGAAUCAUGAUGAUAGUAAGUGUGUUCAGCUGAUUGCAAGCGUUUUUCUUUUUUAAUUAUAUAUUAGGCUUCAUCUAAUUUUUAAAAAAUUGGUUUUUGACAAAAAAAAGAGAAUAUAUUAGAAUAUGUAAAAUUUAAAAAUACUAUUGAUAUGGAUUUAGUGCUGCUAAAAAAUUAUAUAUUUUUGGAAAGAAGAACAAUUGUUGAUAAAAAAAAAGAUUCUAGAAAUCGCGUAGAUCGUCGAUAC